UUCCGCCCGGCCGGCAGGGGGCGCGCUGGCCCCGCGCGGCGCUCCGGCCGCGCCGCUCGGUGGUGGCGGCGGCCGGGGGCGGCGGCGGAAGCGGCGGCGGGGACGGGCCGGGCCGGGCUGGGACGGGCGGAGCGUCCUGAGGCUCCCGAGGCUCCCGCCGCCCCCGCGCCAGGUCCCGCCGCCCGCAGACCGGGCCCCCCGCCCGCAGACCGGGCCCCCCGCCGCCGCCACCGGGCCAGGCACCGGCACCGGCACCAUGUCGGUGGCGGGGCUGAAGAAGCAGUUCUACAAAGCGACCCAGCUGGUCAGCGAGAAGGUCGGAGGGGCCGAAGGGACCAAGCUGGACGAUGACUUCAAGGAGAUGGAAAAAAAAGUGGACGUGACCAGCAAGGCUGUGACAGAAGUACUGACCAGAACCAUAGAGUACCUCCAGCCCAACCCAGCUUCCAGAGCCAAGCUCACCAUGCUCAACACGAUGUCCAAGAUCCGUGGGCAGGUGAAGAACCCCGGGUACCCCCAGUCCGAGGGGCUGCUGGGGGAGUGCAUGAUCCGCUAUGGGAAGGAGCUGGGAGAGGAUUCCAACUUCGGGGACGCGCUCCUGGACGCUGGAGAAUCCAUGAAACGCCUGGCGGAGGUGAAGGACUCGCUGGACAUUGAGGUCAAGCAGAACUUCAUUGAUCCCCUGCAGAACCUGUGUGACAAGGACCUGAAAGAGAUCCAGCACCAUCUCAAGAAGCUGGAAGGGAGGCGCCUGGACUUCGACUACAAGAAGAAGCGGCAGGGCAAGAUCCCUGACGAGGAGCUCCGGCAGGCCAUGGAGAAGUUUGAGGAGUCCAAGGAAGUGGCAGAGACCAGCAUGCACAACCUCCUGGAGACAGAUAUCGAGCAGGUGAGCCAGCUGUCAGCCCUGGUGGAUGCCCAGCUGGACUACCACAGGCAGGCAGUGCAGAUCCUGGACGAGCUGGCCGAGAAGCUCAAGCGCAGGUGAGUCCCAGGGUGUUCCCUGGAAACCUCU